CAAGUGUUAACUAACAUUAGAAAAGCUAGCAAUAUAUUGCCCUAUUAGUGAACAUGGCCGACACAAAAGUUAAUAUUGCAAAAAGGGGUUAUGCAAAGAUGUCUAUUACUAAAAUUCAUAAUGCACUAUUAUCAGACGUUAAACAGACACUCGCAGCUUUAAAAAACCUUGAGGAGCCUGUCGACAGCUGGAGCAGCUUGCUUGUGUGUGUGCUAGUGAGGAAGUUAGACAACCUUACACGCUCUGCAUUCCAGAUGGAGAGAGACAACAAGUGUUUACCCACAGUAGGGGAGCUUUUAGGUUACCUGGAACGUCGAGCAUUGUCAUUGGAAAACGACUCCGUUCCCAACAAGCAACCUCAACCCCAACGGUUGACUAGUAUUGCAGUAACUGCACCUGCUUCUACCUCCUGCACCUAUUGUAAGUCUCCGCACAAACUUUUCCAAUGUCCAAAUUUUAAAAUGGCAGCACCCACAAAACGUCUAGAGUUUGUAUUAGCAAAUAAGCUGUGCAAAAUAUGUCUGUCUUUCCAUAAACGCAACUGUAAAUAUCAUUUUAAGUGUGGUGAAUGCAAAAAGCCUCAUAACACAUUACUGCAUCAAACAGAUCAACAGCCAUCGAGCCCAUCUGUCAGUUUGUUAUCGAGCGCUCCUCGGGGACAAGUGCUUUUGCCUACUGCUAGAGUUAAGCUUAUUUCCCAGACAGGCACGAUUAUUUACGCACGAGCACUAUUGGACAGUGCCUCACAAGUAUCAUUCAUCACUGAGAAACUUGCCCUUAUAUUAGGCAAGGUUCCCGACAACAAUGCAUCAAUUAUAAUUGGCAUUACCAACACUGAGCAAACAGUUAACUUGCAAAUAAACCUUGAUGUACACUCUAUAGUAUAUCCAUAUAAGGUCAAUGUUAAUUGUCAUAUUGUUAAAACGAUAACCACAAAGUUGCCUCAAGCACCUAUCGACACUUCCAAUCUAACUUUUCCUGCUAACUGCAAUCUAGCUGACGCUACCUUUAAUAUGCCUGGUGAUGUGCAUGUAUUGUUAGGAGCUGAUGUCUUUUUCCAGGCCCUGUUGCCACUCCAUGAGUCAAUAAGUAACGAGGGUCCUGCAAAAACAGGCACAACAUUCUCCGAGCAACCAUCUAUAAUUCACACAUCAUUUGGGCACAUAGUAGCGGGACGCAGUGCCUAUGACACUGCCAACAGUAAGCAGAUUGAAAGCCGCUGCUGCAGCUCAGCUGAUGGGUUCCUUGCCUACGCAACGCGUAAACGCGUGCCGCGUCUUUGAAAAAAAUGGUAUUGACUUCGCUGGGCCAGUUUCGGUAAAAAAUAGCCGCAUUCGAAAGCCAACUAUAGGCAAAGGUUACAUUGUAUUGUUUGUAUGUUUCGUCACUAAAGCUAUUCAUCUAGAGCUAGCCUCAGAUUUGACAACCGAUACUUUUCUCGCAUGCUUUAAACGAUUCAUUGCGAGACGAAACCUGCCCAGCGACGUCCACUGUGAUAACGGCUCGACGUUCAAAGGGGCAAGGAACCAAUUAGAUGAACUGUAUCGCUUGCACGCUUCUCGAAGUCACCAAUGCGAAGUACAAUCCUUCGCGGCUGCUAGAGGAAUCAAUUUCCACUUUAUACCUAGUUACAGCCCGAUAUUUGGUGGACUUUGGGAAAGCGGUGUAAAAAGCGUGAAAUAUCACUUGAAACGUGUAGUAGGCAAGGCGUUACUCACGUAUGAGCAACUCAAUACUGUUCUAGUAGAAAUAGAGGGCGUUCUUAAUUCUAGACCGCUCACCGCAGUUACUGCCGACCCAAAUGACCUCAAUUACCUCUCUCCAGGUCAUUUUCUGACAGGAGCACCUCUUAAUUCUUAUCCAGAACACAAUAUGUCAGAUACACCAACUAAUUUACUUAAAUUUUGGUCUAUAACCGUAAGUAUGAAACAAAACUUUUGGAAAUAUUGGAGUAAACAUUAUUUGUGUCUUUUACAAAGCAGGCCCAAAUGGCGUGACGUUUCUUCUAACGUAAAAAUUGGUAGCUUGGUCAUAUUACGUAGUGAUAAUAGUCCUCCUUUGCAUUGGCCUAUGGCUCGUGUGUCCAAUAUCUUUCCAGGGAAAGAUGGCCAGGUUAGAACUGUCGAAGUUAAUCUUUCAAACGGUCAUGUUCACAAUAGGGCAUUAUCAAAAAUAUGUUUGCUACCUAUCGAUUCAUAAAAGUGUUUGAUUCUAAAAUGUAUAAUUUUAAUAUUUAAGUAUUCCUAUGUCUACACAACCUAUGUUGUAAAAUUUAUGCUGUAUUUGUCAAUUAAAUUUUAAAUUGUUCAUUUUGAGGGCGCAGCUUAUGUUGGCAACAUAAUAUAGUUUAUUUUUUGUUAUCUGUAAUUUUUCUAUGUUGUAUAAUUUAUUUGUCUAUGGUUUUUCACUUCCUUCCGUUUUCCAUUCGUUCUUGUAAAAGUGUGCUCAAAUAAAGUGGUUAGUGGUGUGUUAA